GCGGAAACAACGGACUGAAACAGCAACAGAAGCAUUCAUUUUUAGUCAAAUAAUAGUCGAAAGAGCGUUUUUUUUCGUCGCUAAGGAGCUGCAUAAAUAAAGAGGACGCUUUAUCAAGACAGUGUGCUAAGAAUGGACCUUUAUAAAACUCUUCUUGGAAUUUAGACAUUUGCAAUCAUCAAACAUGAGCAGUUUCUCUUUUCAAACGUAAACAUCCGCCGAGCAGCUCACGUCCUCAUGUGUGAGGAGCUACCGCGCUAUGCUAGCCAAGUUUAACUCUUGUUUUUCUGUCCAAAACCGGUAAAAUGUCAUUUGCAUCUAGCGCUCAGUCAUAUUACUGUUGAACUAGAUUUUUUGAGUUUUCUCAAGACGUUUCUUCAAACGUGAAUGGAUUAGUAUAAUAGUUAGCAAGGCUACCACAGCUGUUUGUUUAUGCCAGAUUGGCGGCAGUAGAAUGAACAAUUUUCGGCUUUUUUGUCAUUUUGGAGCACAAAUAAGAAGACCGGUUAGAAUAGUCCAAUUCAGUGGACUGAGGUGACACUCAGUCUUGUGAGGUGACACAAGAGGGCAUCCUAAUUAUGGGUCUGCUGAACCUUGUGUUCAGUUCAAUCGGAAAAUGCAUAGAUGUCAUUUGCCUUAUUCUGGAUUUAAAUUUUGUGAUUGUCAGCUCAUUAAUCCAGCUGUUGGUGGCAGUCAUCUCUUUUGUCAAUAGUGUGCCCAUGCUACUCACAAAUUCUGUGUUGGAGUGCUGGAAUCUCACUCUGCUUUGCGUCAUCACAAUGAGAGACGGCGUGACUGUUGUGACCCAUAACAUCGUUGGAGGCUGGAUGCAGCUGCUUGGAGGUGCGCUGGAGAGCUUUAAAAUGAUUGGAUACCUGUCCUCACACUUACUAUUGCGCACCAAAGAACUUCUGCACAGAGGACUGUUGUCGGGACAUGGUUUGCUACGACAGGCCUGGGAGGGUUGUGGCAUUGUCUUCAGCCUUUUGCUUUAUUUCAUCAACACAAUCAUCAACCUACUGCUCAUAGGCACACAAAACAUAUAUGCUGUGUUGGUCAGCACAGUAGAAGCGGUGUCCUGCCCUUUGCAGAAAGCCGUUGAGCUGACCUUGACUGUACUUACGUUCCUUUACAGCAGCCUUGUUGGCACCUCAAUACUACUGUGGACACCAUGCAAACUGGCCAUGGAGUUUUUGGGUUCUUUCUGCCACAUCUUUGUCAGUCUUUUCCUGCUAAAUAUAUAUGGGCUGCUGCUCAUCUUGGUCAUCAUUGUGGGUACCACUGUCUACCUAAACCCUGCGCUCCCUCGACAAGCAGCUGUGCACAUAGCCAACUAUAUCAACACCGUGCCAAUCCUGCGGCGACUCCGGAGGACACUGCACCACCUCUAUAUGCUCGAGAGGAACGUGUGGCGAUGGCUGGCAUGGCAUCGCAGCCGCAUAGGCCUCUGGGUGGUUGCUGCUAGAAGAGAGGCUGGCAUGGCGGUGGGCAGGGAGGUGAGAGAGCCAGAACCCAACCCAGAGCAGAGAGAGCCUCAAGCUGACGUGGCUGGAGAAGACCAUGUAGUGGAGAAUGCUCCGGAGGGCACCCAGCAGGUGGAUGAUCCUCUAGACCUGGCAGUAGCAGGCUCUAGCACUCAUGGGCCUCAUCAGAAUUUUCCUUCUGAGGACAGUUGCAAAGGCCAACCUACUGACAACCUAUUGACACUGAUACAAGAGCAAGAAGAGAGAAAGAAGUGUGUCAUCUGUCAGGACAGCACCAAGACUGUAGUGCUUCUGCCUUGCCGCCAUUUGUGCUUGUGUAGAGACUGCACAAACAUUCUGCUGAGCCAACCCAUCUACCAACACAACUGCCCCCUUUGUCGCCAUAUGAUCCUGCAGACCAUGGACGUGUAUCUCUGAAAUAAUGUUUACUUCUCUGUUUUGGGUUUUUUGAGCAGCACUGUUCUUCACUAGGGGAAACCACACAUUACCUUUUCAUCUUUUUGUCCAUUCCACUAAUGCCUUUUCAUCACUGUUGCUUGUUAAUAGUUUUGGAUCACAUCUUUUUAUAAAUUAAAAAAGAAUUGUGAUGGUCAGGCUGACAGAUGUGACAGUGCUUUUGUAUGUUGUUUAUAUGCAUUUUUCCCAUCAGCUUUUGUAGCAGCAAAACUAUUUUGUCAUACAGCAAUAUAACAUGAAUGUAAGCUUUGUAUUUAAAAAAAAUAGUGUUGAUUGGAAAAUGGAUGUUUUACUAUAUUGUGGUCAGAUGCUUUGAACACUUCAUUUUUGACUGUUUAAAGAAAACAGCACAUUACUAAAGCUGGGCCUUAUAGUAUGAAUUGUUAUCAAAUACAAGUUAAGCUCAAUCAGCAACAUUUGUGGCAUAAUACCGAUUACCACAAAAUAUUUUUUGGACUAUAAAAUAAAAGCAAAAAUAGGGUUAUACUAAGGCUCUUGCAAUGGAAGUGAAUGGCGCCAGUUCAAAAACAUUGAAAUUCACACAGAUUCAAAGGUAUAGCCCCGAGACAAAAUAUUUAUUCAUUUUAGCAUAGUUUAAGUAUAAUACAAUCACUUACUAACCUUACCUGUGUAAAGUUUAUCCAAUAUUACAACUUUGUUGUCAUGAUGAUGUAACUACCCAAUGCCAGAUUUUUACUAACUAACACACAUUUUAACAUCUAGUGGCUAUAAUGUUAAAACAGUGUGUAUUUAUGUCUUAUUGUCUGGCCCUAUUCACUUCCAUUGUGAAUGCCUUACUAUAACCAUAAGUUUGCUUUCCAAAUUAUUUUAUGUGGUAUUCAACAUUAUGUCACAAAUGCUUCUGAUUGAGAUUCAAAUAUAUUGAACCUGGAACAUUCCUUCAAAUCUUGCCUGACUGUAUAAAGUGAUCAAAGGUUUAACGGGAACAUUUACAAUGUCAUAUUGAUUUGUUUUUAUUGUUGAAUAUUCUAUGUAUUUUUUACUUUGCUUGUUUUGUAAUCAUUCCACCAAAGCUGUUUUGCUUACUAUUGAAUAUAACUCACUACAAUUUUUCAGAUGCCAUUCUACAAUCUGUAUGACAUAUCAGCUAUUCCCACUGUUUUUGUCAUUUAUUAUUGAACAGCAUUCAUUUUUAAAGGCUCUCUCGCUGCUGAAAUGGUAUUGAUCAGUGCAUUUCAAGAUCGCAAUUGUGUGCAUACUUAGUUUCAAGAGACAGUAAUUCAAUUCAGCUGCUGACUGAUCCUCACAGGAGUGAUGUUUUGUAAUCAUCUGUGUGGCAAAAAGGCUUUUAGCCCAGCUUUGUUCAGUGGAUGUUGCUAUAACUCACGAUAAUCUGUUUUAUCCCAAAACCUGAAAUCCACAAUUGCGUUCGAAAAGGCACAAUGCAUAAGACAAUCGAGUAAAUUUAAGAGGAAAAAUAAAUUUGCAAGCUCAAUGCAGUUGUACUCUGCUCACUCUUAACAUUUCAGACAGUUUAUUUACCUUUUUACAAGGCUGGACACUUUCCCAAAUGAUUUCUGUGUCACUCUCAUCUUUGGAACUGGUUAAACUCCUCAUCAAUGCAGAUAAUCACAAACCCAUGUUUUAUUAUUCUGUUUUUAUAUAAGCUGAAUAUUAAUUGCACAUUUUGAUCCCUGAGACUUUUUUUUAUUCACAACAUAUGUGCAUUUUUUACAAGUUCUCCAAUGAUAAUGUUUGUGGGUAGAGCAGACGUCUGUCUCUUUUGAGGCCUGGAUAAUAUAAAAACCACAUUCAAUGAUCGUUUAGAUGAGCAAAUAACCAGUAUUUGAUUGUAAUUACCUUGUUUUUAGUGCAACAUAAUACUAUUUGUAGUAUUUUCCUUACUGGACUGAGAUGCAUUUCUCAACAAUAGGUCUCUUUGUGAUAAAGUGCUUCUUCCACUUGUAAGAUCCUCUACGCUGACAUCAGCAGGAAAGCAGAGGCUUGAAGCUGAGUGUGGGUGUGGGACCUCAUGAACUGGAGAGUGUAAUAGAGGCCACUUCCUCCAGUUGUUUAUUCAUGACCUUCCCAAAGCCCAGUCCAGUGUCAUUCCUGAAGAAUCAAUCAAGUGGAACUAGUAUCUGCUUCUGGAUGCAACAUCAUUUAAACAUGAAUGUCAAUUACUAUCAAGUUAUUUGUCUUCAAGGCCACCCUUCAUCUUUAAGUGGAUGAACAUGAUAUUAGUUGUGUAAAAGGAGACAGAUUCAGCACUGGACAGCUCCACUUUUCAACAUUUUUAGUGUUGGAGUAAAAUUGAAGAGGGAGUCUCACAAUUCAUGAACAUGAUGCAUACACACUUGUUCAGCAGUUCCCUAAGUAUUAACAUUCAGAUACAGCUCUUAUACUGUUAUGUGUUAGACGUCACUGCAUACCUGAAAACAAAAAAACUAAAGUUUAGGAAGUGAUGCAUCAUAAUGGAUUUGACAGAAGGUAAUGCUUACAAUUUAAAAAACAAAAAUGAAGAAACAGAAUUUCCUUGUUUAUUUUGUGCCCUGAGAUGAAAACAACCACAACUCUAUUGACUGUUAAACACAUAAUAAUGUCAAGAGUCUGUUGACUGGCUUGAAGCAUUUCCUUCAGAAAUGUAUUUGUCAUAUUUUUUUAGACAAAAUAAUAUAAUUAUCUCAACAUAUUUUUGGAAGAUGUUUUUGUCAAUGUUUUAUUCAAGUAGACAUGCAAAGAUUAGGAAUUUAUUUCGUUACAAUUUAAUUUAUAUUUUAUGUUCAAUUCUUCUUUUUUUGUUGUUAUGUUGUCUGUGUAUGUCGUGUAUCACCACACGAUUAAGACAUGCAACAAAGUUCCUUCACAAAUGGAAUGAAAGUGGUACAACAUUGGAAAUUAAUUAAAUUGUCAUAAUAUCUUGCAAAAAAAAAAAAUUUGUCCCCAUCUUUUUAACAUGAAAAAGAUCUGAUUCCUUUCAGAUGUUUUUGAUAAAGGUGUCUGCUAAAGUAAUCAGUUAUUUACAAAAAAAGAAAGAAAAGAUAAACAAAAAGAUAAUAUGACAAUCCACCACAGAAAUAGACAGUAGAGAUUGUAAUUCAAUACAGCACCAUGGAGAAAAUCCCAUUAGUGUUAUAAGCACUGCAAAUAGAGAGAGCAAAUGCAUAACAUUGUACCCUAAGAACUCGACAACCUCCUUUAGUGUAAAAUAAGUUUUCAUUUGAACAGCAUGCAGGGGUGUAGGGAAAAGUUGGGGUUGCAUGGAACUGGAAUAUUUCUAUUUUGAUCCCAUAGUGGAACAAACUCUGGAAGUAUAAAGCAGCAAGACAAGAUCCAUCCCAGAUCAAAGGGUCAUCCAGUUCACAGUGUAUAUGUCAGUAUCUCUGGCCCUGGGCCCACUGAACUGCUAUGUAUGGACAUGGCUGAUUUUAUCUUAAAAAUAGGAAGUUCUGCCUCUGGGCCAACGAGGACAGGGUCAAAUGCUAGUUACUCACACAGAAACAAAAGCAUUUCCCUCUGCACAGGUGACUUCAAUUGUAUCACAUGAAUAUCUUUGCACUUUGUAGUUUAACUUGUAAACAUGGCUAUGAUGAUAAAAGGACGCCUCUGCUAUUAUUAGAGCAAAUGGGAACUUAAAGGUAUGUGCAGAUUUCGCGUGGAAUUCAAGUUUGGUACAAUUUGACAGGCAAAUUCACUGCGUUGACCAAAAGGAAGUUGUUUAGUUUGGCAUGAAACUAUGAUGUAUAAAUGAAUAUAUAACUAUAAAUGAAACUAGUUAAUUCAUUUUAAUUACAUUUUCUUCCUAUUGUUAUGAUUAAUAUUGUAUGUAAUUAUUGUUGAAAUGUGUAAUCGGAUAAAUAUCUAAGUACUGUGUAGACUGUAGAUGAUCAGCAUCGUUAUGAUGAAAGGACGCCCCCUGCUGUUAUUACAGCAAAGCACACAACUAAAAUAUGAAUAGGAACAUGUGUAAAGUGAUGUUUUAAAUGCAGAAAAAUUACAGAUGAUUUAGAAAUCAAGAAUCUGUAAUAUAUAUAUAUAUAUAUAUAUAUAUAAAAAUCUUUUCACCUGAAUAUUUAGAAAUAUAGAAUUUGCAAACACUACCAACAAAGUUACUUGUAGUUCUUUGAACAAGUAACAAGUUACAGUACAGUUUUUUCUUACAUUAACUUUAUUACUGUGACAAAAAGAAAACAAAAACAUGGUUUGUGGGAAUGUUGACUAAAUCUAUUCUGCGAGUCUAGUCAGAUUGUGGCGCCCUCAAGCCUGUUCAACCUGUAAAGGCACACAUCGUUUCAAAAUUGUUUUAAUUAUAUCAAGAAGAUAAAUGUAUUUGGGUUGUUCAAGAUUCAGACACCCAUCUAUGCUUGUUUUGACUGGUGGUAUGGUUGAAAUGCACUGUUCUCCAGUUGGGCAUGACCUCAUGGAAAUGAUCUGCACAAUGGGAGGAUACAAAUCUAAUUUCUCUCAACU